ACAUUGAACUGUGUUUGAAUCACAAGUGCUAUGCAAACGCGGAUGAUGUGCUACCCACACAGUCACAGAGACGAGCACACGUUUGUUCGACGAAUACGAAAAGCGGAGCCAAAGUCUAGUGUAACAUUCGAACACACUCACAUACACACACACAAACAUACACUACAGCAACAACAGCCAUUGAGAGCAUUCUGCAUGGUUAGCACAAUGUUCUUCAUUGAUAUGCGUCACCGAGAACUAUGCGAAUAGGAAUUAUUGUGUUAGUAUUAGUGCGCGUGUAGCCUUUAUAGCCAUUUUCAUGAGAAAUUAGUGGCAGCAUUGCAAAAGCUAAAAAGAUUUUUUUUUCAUCGUGAAGAGCGAGUGUGACAGUGGUAUUGGAAGGAAUGAAAUAUUCCCCGUAAGACCAAAAAGUAUAAAAAAAAUAAUAAGAAAUUCGAAUUUUUUCCCCGAUUCAAAGAGAAAAAAAACUGUGUUCAAAAACCUACGUGUGUGAUAUACAUAGUUUUGAAGAAAAAAAAAAUAAACCAACACUUUUUAUUAGUUGAAUUAAAUUUCAUUUCGCUAAUCAAGUUGCAAGCAUCGCGCACUCUAUAGCGAAACAAAGAGACUUUGUGUAAAUUGCUUUCUUACAUUGUGUAAAUAAUUCGUGAAAUCAAUUUGCAUUUGAUCAACGAAAUAAAUUAUUAAAUCAAUUUGUGAACCAAUCAAACGGACCGACUUCAACGAUAUUUAACGCGGUGAAGUGCUUAUAAAACGAUUCGAACACUUUUCAAGUGAACUUUUUUUGUGUGAACGAAAAAAAAAAAAACUCAAAUCCAUUGGCCAUAGUACGCCAUAGUGUGGUAAAUUUCCAUAAGAGGAACCGAAGUACAUUCUACGAAUUGAAAUUCAGCUAUCCCGUUAAUCAGUCAACGAACAGACGAGCGAAAAAAAAAACAAUUAACAUCCGAUUGGAGUAAUAUGAGUAAUGGAAGAAUUGAAAAUAAUGCAGGUCUAGAGCAGCAGAUUGCUGGUCUGGACUUGAAUGAUCACAAAGAUUCGCUUAGUCUUUGUGGUGAUAACGCCGAAGGUCAAGCGCGUUAUAUACCCCCGCAUUUGAGAGGAAGUGGUGGUAAUAAUAAUUCGGCAGAAUCGGACGGAUACAGCGGUGGUGGAAAUCGUAACUAUAGCGGUGGAAAUCGAGAGAAUUAUCGCGACGGAGGCGGCUACAACCGUGACUACAGGAACGAUAAUCGGAAUAACCGAAGAAACUACGGCGGAAGAAAUAGUGAUCGCCAAGACCGCCCGGGUGGUGAUUACAAUAAUUAUCCGCGUAAUAAUCGCCGUGAGGACUCUUACCAAAACGGUGAUAAUAACUAUGAACGUCGUGACGAUGGGUAUCGCGGUGGAUACAACAACCGCCAACAAUACAACCGAAACGACCGUAAUGAUGCCCCAAUUCAAAAUGAUCGAUGGCAAGAGCCAGACAAGCGUAAUGAUACGCAAUUCGGAAAUAAUCAACGAACCAUACCAAAAGGAGGCGACAACGUCGACUACACGGUCCUUUUGCCGCGCAACGAGAGAUUGGAAACGGAAUUGUUCGGAACGGGUAAUACUGGCAUCAACUUCAACAAGUACGAAGACAUACCCGUGGAAGCGACUGGCAACCAAGUGCCACCAAAUAUUAAUUCGUUCGAUGACAUUCAGCUGACACCUAUCAUCCAGACCAACAUUCAAAAUGCCCGCUACGAUAAACCGACACCAGUACAAAAGUAUGCGAUCCCAAUCAUUUGCGCUGGACGAGAUUUAAUGGCUUGCGCCCAGACUGGUUCUGGUAAAACUGCUGCAUUCUUGGUGCCUAUCUUGAAUCAGAUGUAUGUGCGCGGAAUCACCGUCACACCAUACACUAAUCGUCCAGGCAUGCGACGCAAGCAGUAUCCAUUGGGAUUGGUACUCGCACCGACUCGAGAAUUGGCCACACAAAUCUACGAAGAAGCCAAGAAAUUCUCGUACCGCUCACGUAUGCGCCCUGCUGUUUUGUACGGUGGAAACAACACUGGCGAACAGAUGCGCGAAUUGGAUCACGGAUGCCACUUGAUCGUUGCAACGCCAGGUCGUUUGGAAGAUAUGAUUACACGUGGCAAAGUUGGUUUGGACAAUAUCCGUUUCUUGGUAUUGGAUGAAGCUGAUAGAAUGCUGGACAUGGGUUUCGAGCCGCAGAUUCGUCGUAUCGUCGAAAAGAGUAAUAUGCCACCAACUGGUGAACGUCAAACGCUCAUGUUCUCAGCCACGUUUCCGAAAGCCAUUCAAGAGUUGGCCAGUGUGUUCUUGAACAAUUACAUUUUCUUGGCCGUAGGACGCGUUGGUUCAACUUCUGAGAAUAUUACACAGACCAUUUUGUGGGUAAAUGAGCACGACAAACGAUCAUAUUUGCUGGAUUUGUUGACAUCGAUCAAAGAAGGCAACGCCGAAUUGGAAGGUGAUCAUUUGACAUUGAUUUUUGUUGAAACAAAGAAGGGCGCUGAUGAGCUUGAAGACUUCUUGUAUCGCUACGAUCAUCCAGUGACAAGCAUUCACGGUGAUCGUACGCAAAAAGAGCGUGAAGAAGCUUUGCGUUGCUUCCGUUCGGGCACGUGUCCAAUUCUUGUUGCAACUGCAGUCGCUGCUCGUGGUUUAGACAUUCCGAACGUUAAGCAUGUCAUCAACUUUGAUUUGCCAUCGGAUGUCGAAGAGUAUGUGCACCGUAUUGGUCGUACCGGUCGUAUGGGCAAUUUGGGUGUUGCAACUAGCUUCUUCAACGAUAAAAAUCGUUCAAUUUGCCCAGAUUUGGUUGAAUUGUUGAUCGAAACGAAGCAAGAAUUGCCUAAUUUCUUGGAAGACAUUAUGCUCAGCGAACGCUCACACGGUGGAAGACGUGGCAAUCGCUCAGGUGGCCGUUACAAUGCCGUUUCCCGUGAUUUCCGUACCAACCAGAGUCGUAACACCAACCAAAAUCGCAACGGAAACCCAGGAAGAGGAAAUCCAGGCGGAUAUGGUAACCGAGGCAAUUAUUACGGUGGAGGUGGCGGUGGCGGUGGCGGCGGAGGCGGUGGUAGCUAUGGAGGAUCCUAUGGCGGCGGACAAAAUCAUUCCAGUGGACCCGACUGGUGGGCUGAUAACUGAAUUGUACAUCGCGUUUGAAACGUCUCUAUAACAAUUCAUUCGUAGAACUUCUCAAACAGAACCCAAUGCUAUCAAAAUCUAGACAAUUACUACUCAAGACCCGAGCACAUAAAAACAAUCAGUUUAACAAAUCAUCAAUUAUUCAAAACAGAACCGUUUACAUUGCAAAACAGAAGAAAAAACAAACACACUCACAAACAAAAACAAAAGAUUUUGUAUGACUUUUUAAAAGAAAUCUUCAUAAAGAAAUUUGGUUAAAAAACAAAACAAAAA